AUGAGUUCCCAGCGUGAAGACUCUAUCCCUCAUGAGCUGCGCACAGCAGCCGAACCCCGGCAAAACAGAUUGUACCCGGUGCAACUCGCCCAUGUGGAGCAAGUGAACCGAUCCAUUCGGUUGCUGCAAUUUACUAUUCCGGGCCCAGAGAAUGGCGAUCAACAACAACCCUUCUCUUUCCUGCCGGGCCAAUGGCUAGAUGUGCACAUCCCAUCUAUAUCCAACGCCGGCGGGUUCACUAUCACUUCUACCCCGGCAGAUGCCCAGGUAUUGCCAUCACUAGAUGAUUCAGAUGCCUCAUUUGCCAGAGAAAAUGUAGCUGCAUCACUAGCCUCGCAAGGCAGGGCCCCAUAUGUGGAGCUCGCGGUCCAGGACUCGCCGUCCAACCCAGCGGCUGCGUGGCUAUGGAGGCCCAAGUAUGAGAUCAUCGGUAAAGAGGUGAACAUUCGGGUAGGAGGGAGCUUUGUCUGGCCACCGACUGGGAUAAAUGUCCAUGAGGUCAAAAAUGUGGUUCUAAUUGCUGGCGGUGUGGGGAUCAAUCCCUUGAUCUCAAUAUUAUCUCAUAUAAACCAAAGCAAGCCUACGAACCAACUCAAUGUCCAUAUUUUAUACUCCAGUCGACUUCCUCAAGGACAAGAAACGGAGACAUCCGAGUCUAUCCUUGAGCAGAUUUUGUUUCUUCCGCGAGUGCGACAUAUCAUCUCUUCUCACGGCCCAGUUUCUCGACUCAAUAUUAGUCUGGACCUAUUUCUGACUUCCGCGUCAGCGAGCCAAAUUUCAUUCAAGUCUCCUGCUGAUUUGACAAUUCACUUGAGACGGAUAAACGAUCAGGAUUUGCAUUCAGCGCUCGUGAGUGGGAGUGAUAAGCUGGUUCCAAAAGAAACCGUGGCUUAUGUUUGUGGGCCCCCAGUCAUGACAGAUGAACUUGUUAAGAAGCUCCAAAAUAUUUUGGAGGAGGAUGGGACUCAAAGAGUGUUUUUUGAGAAAUGGUGGUGA